AUGUACCUCUUCACCACCACAUCCAGGAAAGUCCCAGCCUCACCACCUCCAAACUCAACUAACGCCAACAAAACGCUUCAACACUCUAGUCAAGCUUUCAAAAUGCGUUCCGCCAUCGCCGCAGCCUUCUCUCUGGCUCUUCUGAACUCGGCCUCUGCUCAGCUCUUCGGUGGCCCGCUUUCCGUCCUACCAACAACGUCGUUCUUCAGCCCAGCUGACACCGGAAUCAGCUGCGCCAGCCAGGGCAACGCGCUUCUCAACGCGAAUGCUCUGACCAGCGUUCGGUGUGGCGGCAGCGGCGGCUAUGCUCCCUCCCAAAUGAGCUGUGGCAACCAAGGCGACAGUCUUGGCUUCUCCCUCGCCAACAUCAAUGCCCUCACCUCCAUUGACUGCGUCAGCUACUAA